UGAGUCCUGCACACUGCUGAAACUCCAGCAGGUUGCGUCUCCAUCGCCUCUUUGACAAGAGAACAACAUCUGCACAUCAUCUGGAAAAAAGAGUACAAAAAAGGCACGAGCGCUGUGUGAAGCUGUGGAUUACAGUGCGUCUGUCUUGGCACUUUGGACUCGAAAACACUCAAAGUCUCUCAUCAGACCCUAAGACAAGAGCUCAGGCAGUGCAUUUGGGAGAAUGACUCUCUCACAUCAGUACCGUGCUGUUUUGUUUCUGUCGCUGUUGGCUUUACAUAGCUGUAACGACGGGAUGCAGGGCUGCAUAGACAAGCAGAGAGUGAUGAGUGUGCUUCGCCAGAUGGAGAAAUUCUUAAAGGGGCAGGAGAUCCGGUUUACAGAGGGUCUCAGAAUAAUGAAAUCCAAGCUUACCAGCCUUCAGAACUCUGUGUCCAAGUUUCCACAAGCAGACCAAUCUUCACACUCAUCCACUUGUCCUGCUCUGGAAGCUCCAACUCAUGGGAAGAAGUUUGGCUCCAAGUACCUAGUUGGACAUGAAGUGCACUUCACGUGUUCUUCAGGUUAUCAUUUGGUGGGCUCAGGAACUCGCGUGUGCCAAGAGAAUGGCAGCUGGAGUGGAGUCAGUGCACUCUGUAAAGUAGCAGGUUCAAGUCAGUGUGCUAGUAACCCAUGCCUGAAUGGUGGCACCUGUAAUGAGGGGGUCAACCAGUACAAGUGCACUUGUCCUCACAAGUGGAGUGGGAGCCGCUGUCAGCACCAGACUCAAACAGCCCCUCCGGAGUGGAGCGUGGUGAAUGAUCCGGAAUUUAGCCGCAAACCCCGCUGCACUAAAGUGGACCAAGCUCAGCACUGCAGUUGUGAUGCAGGCUUCCAUAUGAGUGGCACCUCUCACAGCAGCAUCUGCCAGGAUGUGAACGAGUGCGAGGUGUACAAAACAGACAAUGGAUUACUGUGUGCUCAUAUUUGCGUGAACAUUCCAGGCUCGUUCCGCUGCUCCUGCCCCAGUGGCUACAAGCUGCUUGCAGAUGGCAGGAGCUGUGAGGAUGUGGACGAGUGUCUUACACAACAGCAUAACUGCAGCCGUGGCACCACCUGUGUCAACACCGGAGGAGGUUUCCAGUGUGUAAAUCCAGAGUGCCCACACUUGCACGGAAAUAUCAGCUAUGUCAAGACGUCACCUCUUCAAUGUGAGAGGAACCCCUGCUCCAUGACAAGCCGUGCCUGUCACCUGGCUCCAAAGACAGUUUCCUAUCACUACCUGUCUCUGCCUUCAAACCUCCAAAUCCCAGCUACGUUGUUCCGCAUGGCCACAGCGACCGCUCCUGGCCGACCAGGACCCGACAGCCUGCGCUUCGGCAUUGUGGAGGGAGGACAUGCACGAGGCAUGUUUGUCAUGCAGCGCUCAGACCGCCAGACUGGUGAGCUGAUCCUCGUCCAGCAGCUGCUCGGGCCACAGGAGCUCAGCGUGGAUGUGGAAAUGGCUGAGUACUUGGAUCGCAACUUCCAGGCUAAACACCUCGCUCGGGUCCAUGUUCUCAUCUCUCCAUAUAAGUUCUGAUGAGGGAGAAGUUCCACAGGCGAGCUUUGCCCUUUCAGUUGAAACUGGAAUGAUGGUAGAAUAAGCUUUUUCUAAACUGAAACAUUAAGGGCAAAAAUGAUUAAUCUUUGUAAAUAUGAAACAAAUUUUCUGUCACUUUACUUUCAACUGACUUUAAAAACCAAGCAGUAAAACUUAAAAUAAUACCUAAAUACAAAAUCUCUGUCCUCAGUAUUCUUUUUCAGCUAUCUGUGUGUCGGAUUCUGUUAUUUUUACAUUUUUCAUAGUUUUUUUUUCAGAAUAAUUUGGAACAUUGAUCAUGACUGUUGUUUUUAAUAACACAAAGUAACACAUAAAAAGACCAAUGUGAACCUACUUGAUUUAUUUAUGUACUGUAUAUAGGCCUGUCAGCAAAACAGCUCUUCUGUGAAUUAAACAGAGAACAAAAAUGUA